CCACACCACCACCAGGAUUACUUUCAGUUCUCACCUGGCUGCUCCCUUGGUGUCCAAAGCUGUGUUAAGCACUUCGUGGUGGACAAAGGUCAGAAGAUUACAGAAGAAAAAGCUUCAGGAUCCAGAGCAGGAGAAAGCUUAGAGGCAGAAAGACAAGAAAGGGGACGAACAUCCAUGGCUUCAUCAAUCCUGGAGAAUGUCAAGGAGGAGGUGACCUGCCCCAUCUGCCUGGAGCUCAUGACAGAACCUGUGAGCACUGACUGUGGCCACACUUUCUGUAAACCGUGCAUCACUUCAAGUUAUGAGUCCACAGAACGCGAAAAAGGCGUCAGCCAGUGCCCUGUGUGCCGAGUCCCUUACCAGUUUGAAAACCUGAGGCCCACUCGCCAUAUGGCCAACAUAGUGGAGAGGCUCAGGGAGUUGACACUGAGCCCAAAGGCAGAUCACUGUGCCCUCCAUGGGGAGAAACUCCUGCUGUUCUGUAAAGAGGACGGAAAGGUCAUUUGCUGGCUUUGUGAGCGUUCCCAGGAGCACCGUGAUCACAAUGUUCUUCUCCUGGAGGAGGCUGCACAGGAGUAUCGGGAGAAGCUACACAAAACAUUGAAGAAGCUGAUGAAAGAUAAGAAAGAGUCUGAGAAGUGGAAAGCGCACAUCGAAGAAGAAAGAACUUCCUGGAAGAAUGAAAUACAGGGGGAGAUAGAAAGUGUCCAGGCUGCAUUUAAGCAAAUGAGAGCCACCCUGGACUCUGAGGAGGAGAUACAACUACAAAAACUGAAGACAGAAGAGGAAGAUAUUCUGAAUGGCCUGGCAGAGUCUGAAAGGGAGCUGACCCAGCAGAGCCAGCUGGUGAGAGAGCUCAUCUCAGAUGUGCAGCAUCGGCUGCAGGGGUCGGUGAUGGCGAUGCUGCAGGAUGUGAAGGACACCGUGGAAAGGAGUAAGUUAUUGACUGUGAAGCAACCAAGAACUUUUCCCAAGAAACAAAGGAUUUUGUUCCAAGCUCCUGAUCUGAGGGAGACUCUACAAUCACAUCAAGAUACUGUGACACUGGAUCCAAACAACUAUACAGGUAUUGAGGUUUCUGCAGAUUGGACACCAGUUUGCAUCCCUCAUCAACAUCAUAAUUUUUCUACAGAUCCUAUGGCACUGAAUGCAAGCAACUAUACAGGUAUUGAGGUUUCUGCAGAUUGGACACCAGUUUGCAUCCCUCAUCAACAUCAUAAUUUUUCUACAGAUCCUAUGGCACUGAAUGCAAGCAGCUAUACAGGUACUGAGGUUUCUGCAGCUUGGACACCAUUUCACAUCCCUCACCAAUGGUCAUAAUUUGUAUGCAGAUCUUAUGACACUUAAUCCAAGCAACUAUACAGGUAUUAAGGUUUCUGCAGAUUGGAGACCAAUAACAGUAACAAAAAAUCCAUCCUGGCCAUUCAGAUCACAUGGAGACAACACAGUCAUAAGACCUGUCAGUUCAAAAAUGAAUGUCUGGAAUUAAGUGAUGGAAGAUGCUUCAAAACCCACUUUAACUUCAGCGUUCCAAGUUAUCAACCUCACCAUGGAUUUUGGGUCAUGGGCUGCAGAAUAAAGUUAAAUACCAGGAUUUUGGUAUUUGUCUGAGAACUCUAAUCCUUGAGACAGCUGUCCUUUCACUGCCUGUUCCUCCAAGUUAUGUUGGAGUCUCCAGACUGUGAAGUUCAUUCUCUCUCAUUCUACAGUGUAACUGAUCAUGGGUUUCUCCUCUAUAAAUUCUCUUAGUGUUCCUUUUCUGGUAAUUUUUUUCCCAAUUUUCAGUCCUGGGACAUGUUCAGAGCCUGUGGCAUUAUGUGGGCCAAAUGCAUGAGCUUUCUUACAUGUUCAUCCUUUUCCCUUGCAUGCUUAUGGCUGAGAUGUGCAUCUCCUGCCUUUGAGUUCCCUGCUCCUUUUAACCUGUCUGCCUGCUGUCUCCUGGUCUCCCAUCUGGAUGUCCUUCAUUCACUGUGGGAUCUGCACAUUCUCUCUCACCACUUGUUUCUCACUGUCUCACUUGAUCAGGAGAGAACCUUAGUUUAUCACUUUCCAUAUGUCCAAGGAAAUGGCAGAGUCCACUUAAGAAAGGCCACUACCAAAGUGACUGCGGGGUUCAAUCUUUACAGCCUCAUUCUCUGCCACUGAGAAAGGAUGAAGGAAAGUGUUCACCUAACUUUCUGAGCAUCAAAGACUGUUUAUAAGGCUGUUCCCAGGAAAGAAUGAGGCCUUCACAGUAGAGUAGGUCACUUUAACCAUGAUGCUUUUUUUUUUUUCAUCCAGGGGUGAAAAAUAGAAUUUCAUCAUAAAAAAUAGUGUCACAAAUCUUUUUCAAACAGGACAGGGAGAGGAGAAGAAGGGACAUCAAACUUACACUGUUACAUAUGUGUACCAUCCCCACAUGAUGAAAUUUAACAUUACACACCGGAAACAUAUACUAAAAAACUUUUUUUAAAAAAAUUUUUUUGGUACUGGGGAUUAAAUCACGAUCUCACGUUUGCCAGGCACUUACACUGCUGAACUAAACCCUCAGGCCUAAAAAUGUUUAAAAAGAAAAGAAAUCACCAGUGAUCUAUAAUCCAGAAAAGAGACUUUGUGUUCAAAUUUUCCAUGUUCAAAUCCUAUAUUUCCAUAUCCUAGCAGUGUAGCUUUGAAUAGAGUGCUUGAAUGUUGUGUGUGGUUUCUUAUGUGUACCCAAUAAUCUUGAUCACUGUGAGAGAGAAUAAGUUGACUAUUAAGUACUCACUGAAUUGUCUCAGUAAAUAUUUGUUCUAGUAAUAAUUGAAAAAUGAAAAUCACAAGAAGUAAUUCCAGCACUUGAAAGACUGAAGCAAAAACCAGUGCAAGUUUGAGACCAGCCUGUGCUAGAUAGCAAACUCAAGACCAGCCUGAACUACAUAGUGAGACCCUGUCUUUGGGGAAGAAAGAUGAAAAAAAAAAAAGAAUGAAAGAAAGAAGAAAGAGAGAGAGAAAGAGAAAGAAAGAAAGAAAGAAAGAAAGAAAGAAAGAAAGAAAGAAAGAAAGAAAGAAAGAAAGAAAGAAGGAAACAAAAAAAUAAUAAAAAAAGAAAGAGAUAAAAAAUAAGGUAAUGAAACAGGCCACACAAAUGGGAAUUUCAAUUGAUGUAAAGAACAUCUCUCUUUUAGGUACCAUUCUCAACACC